AUGGCUGAUGCGUCUCAAACCCACCAAGCUAAACAACCUUCUAAUCCCCGAGCACGUCGCAUCAGAAACAAAGAAUGGGAAGCCUUGCGCCCGGAAAUAGAGAAACUCUACCUGGAGCAAGGCAAUUCAAGAAAGGCGGUGGUUGAGAGACUGAGUCAAAAUGGGUUUCCCGUUACACCUUGUCAGUCUCAACUAGCCCAUGCUCACCGUACAGAAAGUGAAAAGCAGCUCAAGCAGAUACUGCAGAAAUGGGGCAGCAAAAAAAAUCUCAGCAGCACAGAUAUGCAAAAGAUGCUGGCAUUUUAA